AUGGGGUCGGCUGAGAGAGAUGAGACGACGCAGCAUCACCCGCCUCACAUCAGCAACGACGGAGAAGGCGACCGCCACGCCGCCGCCGGAGACCAUGCUCUCUCGGAUCGCUCUAAUGAUAACCGACAUGGUUCUGAUCUUAAUCAUUCAGGCGCGGAGGAGCUUGAAGGGAACAGUCUGCUUCCAUCCAGCCAGAACGAGCUUUUGAAUAAAUUGAGAGCUGUAAAGUUUGAAAUAGAUGCUGUUGCGUCAGUUGUUGAGCAAGUAGACGAGGUUGCAGCAGAAUCAGAGGUUCAUGGGCUGCAUAGUGGUUCUGUACUACAGCACGCCCUUGCCACAGACCGUCUCAAAAGCCUUAAGAAGAGAAAAGCUCAGCUUGAAAAAGAGCUCACUGGUUUACCUGGUCAGAGCGUUUCUGGUAGUCGUACUGAUCGCGGUAAUCUACUGCGUCAUCUGGUGAAGGAAGAGCCUAGUCUCAAGAGAAAAUUGAAAGAUAUUCAGAAACCUAGCAAAAGAGAGGGGAAGAAAGUCAAAGUAGUCUCAUUUCAUGAGGACACAGAUUUUGAUGCUGUUUUCGAUGCAGCUUCUGCUGGUUUUGUUGAAACGGAAAGAGAUGAAUUGGUGAGAAAAGGAAUUUUAACUCCUUUUCACAAGGUCCAGGGGUUUGAACGCCGGCUUCAACAAUCUGGACCGUCAAACUCGCGCAAACUACCUGAAGGAGAAGACGAAAAUGACAAGAAUGAGGACUUCAGCAGUAUUGAUAGAGCUGUCCAAUCAAUGUCGCAAGCUGCAAAAGCUCGCCCGACAACCAAGCUUCUUGAUGCAGAAGACUUGCCAAAGCUUGAAGCUACCCCUGUUCCUUUUAGAAGGUUAAAAAAGCUUUACAAAUCUCAUGAUUCUCCGGAAAAUGAAGCAAAGAAAAGUAAAGCUGGGAAGAUAAAAAAGAAGCGGCCUUUGCCUAAUAGGAAAUGGACAAAGCGGAUUUCUCACGAAGAUUCUAGUCUCCAAGAAAGUGAAGAUGGACAGAGAAUCUUGACCACUUCCAGUUGUGAGGAAGAAGAACUAGAUGAUGUUGAUGACACAGACGACAAUGAGACAUCUUCUGUACAGCUUGAAGGUGGAUUAAACAUUCCUGAAAGCAUAUUUAGUAAACUUUUUGACUACCAAAGAGUUGGGGUGCAGUGGCUCUGGGAACUUCAUUGCCAAAAGGCUGGUGGCAUUAUCGGGGACGAGAUGGGUCUUGGUAAGACUGUGCAGGUCUUAUCUUUUCUCGGAGCCUUGCAUUUUAGUAAGAUGUAUAAACCAAGUAUUGUCAUAUGUCCGGUCACACUCUUGCGUCAAUGGAGAAGAGAAGCACAUAAAUGGUACCCCGAUUUUCACGUGGAAAUACUCCAUGACUCAGCUCAAGAUUCUAGGAAUGGCAGAGGACGAGUCAAGGCCUCUGAAAGCGAUUAUGACAGUGAAGGUUCAGUUGAAAGUGAUCACGAGCAAAAGUCUAAGAACACCAAGAAAUGGGAUUCUUUGAUAAACAGGGUUUUAAAUUCGGAUUCGGGGCUCCUCAUCACCACAUACGAGCAAUUGAGACUGCAGGGUGAGAAGCUGCUCAAUAUUGAGUGGGGUUAUGCAGUACUGGAUGAAGGCCAUCGGAUCCGGAACCCAAAUGCUGAAAUUACUCUUGUGUGCAAACAGUUACAGACCGUCCAUCGAAUUAUUAUGACUGGGGCACCAAUCCAGAAUAAACUUAUAGAACUCUGGUCCUUAUUCGAUUUUGUUUUCCCGGGAAAACUGGGGGUCUUGCCCGUGUUUGAGGCAGAGUUUUCUGUUCCCAUAACUGUGGGUGGGUACGCCAAUGCUUCUCCUUUGCAAGUGUCAACUGCCUAUAGGUGUGCAGUUGUUCUUCGUGAUUUGAUCAUGCCGUACCUCCUCCGCCGCAUGAAGGCUGAUGUGAAUGCACAUCUUACAAAAAAGACUGAACACGUUCUCUUCUGCAGCCUCACUGUGGAGCAGCGAUCCACCUACAGGGCGUUCCUUGCGAGCUCCGAGGUAGAACAGAUUUUUGAUGGCAACAAGAAUUCGCUUUAUGGGAUUGAUGUGAUGCGUAAGAUAUGCAACCACCCUGAUCUACUUGAGAGAGAUCAUUCUCACCAGAACCCAGAUUAUGGGAACCCAGAACGCAGUGGGAAGAUGAAGGUUGUUGCAGAAAUUCUCAAGGUCUGGAAACAGCAAGGUCACCGUGUGCUUUUGUUUUCACAGACUCAGCAAAUGCUUGACAUCCUCGAGAGCUUCUUGAUGACAAAUGAGUAUAGUUACCGAAGGAUGGAUGGUCUUACACCAGUGAAACAGAGGAUGGCUUUGAUUGAUGAGUUUAAUAACUCAGAUGAUGUGUUUGUUUUCGUUCUGACUACGAAGGUGGGUGGAUUGGGAACAAACUUGAUUGGCGCGAAUAGGGUCAUCAUCUUUGACCCGGAUUGGAACCCCUCGAAUGAUAUGCAGGCAAGAGAACGUGCUUGGCGUAUAGGGCAGAAGAAGGAUGUUACAGUGUAUAGACUGAUCACGCGGGGGACAAUCGAGGAGAAGGUAUAUCAUCGACAAAUAUAUAAACAUUUUCUCACCAAUAAGAUCUUGAAGAAUCCGCAACAGAGAAGAUUCUUCAAAGCUCGGGAUAUGAAAGAUCUUUUCAUCCUGACUGAUGAUGGCGAUAGCAACGUCUCCACAGAAACCUCUAACAUCUUCAGUCAGCUAGAGAUAAACAUUGUAGGAGCUCAAUCAGAGGAAAAACUUGAAUCCGUUACACAACUUACUAUUCACGAUACUGUAGAAGGAUCCUCAGAGCAAAAUAAUGUGGAAACCAAUGAUAAAACUGGCGAGGCCAUGGAUGAAGAGACAAAUAUCUUAAAGAGUCUCUUUGACGCGCAUGGAAUACAUAGUGCAGUCAACCACGACACCAUCAUGAAUGCAGACGACGAGGAAGAGAAGAUGAGACUUGAACAUCAGGCGUCUCAAGUGGCACAGAGAGCCGCAGAAGCAUUACGCCAAUCACGAAUGCUGCGUAGCCGCGAAAGCAUCUCAGUGCCCACGUGGACGGGAAGAUCUGGUUGUGCAGGUGCACCGUCAUCUGUGAGGAUGAGAUUCGGAUCAACUGUAAAUUCCCAGUUAACCCAGACCACAGCAAACAAAUCAUCAACGAUCAAGAACGCAAUCAGCGCGGGUCUAUCUUCUGGCAAAGCACCGUCUUCCGCAGAGCUUCUCAGCCGAAUCCGUGGAAGCAGAGAGCAAGCCAUCGGCGCAGGCCUUGAGCAGCUACAGCCUCCACCCCCGUCUUCUUCGGGUGCAAGCAGCAAAGUAGGUUCGUUGCAACCCGAGGUCCUGAUCCGACAGAUAUGCAGCUUUAUUCAAAAAAGAGGAGGAAGCACAGACUCGAGCAGCAUUGUAAACCAUUUCAGGGACAGAGUUCCUUCUGAGGGCGCACCCUUGUUUAAAAAUCUAUUGAAGGAGAUUGCCACGCUUCAGAAAGAUCAAAACGGUUCGUUUUGGGUCCUUAAAACAGAGUACAAAGACUAA